UUCAAGUCCACUCCUCUCCACCUGGCAGCAGGAUACAACAGGGUGAGGAUAGUUCAGUUGUUACUGCAGCAUGGAGCUGACGUCCACGCCAAGGACAAGGGUGGUCUUGUGCCUCUACAUAAUGCCUGCUCUUAUGGACACUAUGAAGUCACUGAACUGCUGCUAAAGCAUGGAGCUUGUGUAAACGCCAUGGAUCUGUGGCAGUUUACACCUCUACAUGAAGCGGCUUCCAAAAACCGAGUCGAGGUCUGCUCUCUUCUUCUGAGCCACGGAGCUGAUCCCACCCUGCUGAACUGCCAUAGUAAAAGCUCUGUGGACAUGGCUCCAACUCCUGAGCUGAAGGAGAGACUCACAUAUGAGUUUAAGGGCCACUCGCUGCUUCAAGCGGCUCGAGAAGCAGACAUGACCAAAGCGAAGAAGACCCUCGCUUUGGAGAUCAUCAACUUCAAACACCCCCACACACAUGAAACGGCGCUGCAUUGCGCCGUCGCCUCACCUCACCCCAAACGGAAACAGGUCACAGAGCUGCUGUUGAGGAAAGGUGCCAACGUCAAUGAGAAGAACAAGGAUUUCAUGACACCUCUUCAUGUGGCAGCAGAGCGGGCGCAUAAUGACAUUAUGGAGGUGCUUCAGAAACAUGGUGCAAAGGUCAACGCCCUCGACACGCUGGGUCAGACGGCUUUGCACCGUGCAGCGCUCGCCGGCCACCUACAGACCUGCAGGCUGUUGUUAGGAUACGGGGCGGACGCCACGCUGGUGUCACUGCAGGGUUUCACCGCCGCUCAGAUGGGAAAUGAAGCUGUGCAGCAAAUCCUCAACGAGAACGUCCCAGUGAGAAACUCAGAUGUGGACUACAGACUUCUGGAAGCUGCCAAAGCAGGAGACCUGGAUACUGUCAAGUCGCUGUGUACUGCUCAGAAUGUGAAUUGCAGAGAUCUUGAAGGACGGCACUCCACUCCUCUCCACUUCGCUGCCGGCUACAACCGAGUGUCAGUGGUGGAGUACCUGCUGCACCACGGGGCUGAUGUGCACGCUAAGGAUAAAGGCGGCCUGGUUCCCCUUCAUAACGCCUGCUCAUACGGUCACUAUGAGGUGGCCGAACUGCUGGUCCGACACGGCGCCUCUGUCAAUGUGGCCGACUUGUGGAAGUUCACGCCGCUUCACGAAGCAGCAGCGAAGGGCAAAUAUGAGAUCUGCAAACUGCUGUUAAAGCAUGGAGCAGAUCCAACCAAAAAGAACCGAGACGGUAACACGCCCCUGGAUCUGGUGAAAGACGGCGACACGGACAUCCAGGACCUGCUGAGAGGAGACGCUGCGCUGCUGGACGCUGCAAAGAAAGGCUGCCUCGCUCGGGUACAGAAGCUAUGCAGCCCGGACAACAUCAACUGUCGGGACACGCAGGGACGCAACUCAACGCCGCUGCACCUGGCAGCCGGUUAUAACAACUUGGAGGUUGCAGAGUAUCUGUUGGAGCAUGGAGCCGACGUGAACGCUCAGGACAAAGGAGGAUUGAUACCUUUGCACAAUGCAGCUUCAUAUGGGCAUGUGGACAUAGCCGCCCUGCUGAUUAAGUACAACACGUGCGUGAAUGCCACCGACAAAUGGGCUUUCACCCCCCUCCACGAAGCGGCACAGAAAGGCCGCACCCAGCUCUGCGCCCUGCUGCUGGCUCACGGAGCUGAUCCCACCAUGAAGAACCAGGAGGGACAGACGCCGCUGGACCUGGCUACGGCGGAUGACAUUAGAGCGCUGCUGAUUGACGCCAUGCCACCAGAUGCCCUGCCGAGCUGUUUGAAACCGCAGGCCACCGUGGUGAGCGCAGGUGUGGUGAGUUCGGGUGCAACAGGAGGUGUGGUCAUCUCUCCGUCUCCAUCUCCUUCCUGCCUGUCGGCGGCGAGCAGCAUCGAUAACCUCACCGCACCUCUCGGGGAUAUCGCAGCGGCCGGGGCCACUGGCGUUGCCGACGGAGCGUCUGGCUCUGACAGGAAGGAGGGAGAAUCGCUCCUCGACAUGACCAUCAACCAGUUCUUGAAGAGCCUGGGCCUGGAACACCUCCGAGACAUCUUCCAGAGAGAGCAGAUUUCGUUGGAUGUUUUGGCAGACAUGGGCCACGAGGAGCUGAAGGAGAUCGGCAUAAAUGCUUACGGUCACAGACACAAGCUCAUUAAGGGCAUCGAGCGGCUCCUGGGAGGCCAGCAGGGUGGAAAUCCAUACCUGACGUUCCACUGCUCCAGUCAGGGCACAGUGCUGAUCGACCUGGCACCGGAUGACAAGGAGUUCCAGUCUGUGGAGGAGGAGCUGCAGAGCACGAUCAGAGAGCACCGCGACGGAGGCAACGCAGGCGGAGUCUUCAGCCGGUACAACAUCAUUAAGAUUCAAAAGGUUGUGAAUAAGAAGCUGCGAGAGAGAUACGCCCACAGGCAGAAGGAGAUAGCUGACGAGAAUCACAACCACCACAACGAGCGAAUGUUGUUUCACGGUUCUCCUUUCAUCAAUGCAAUCAUCCAUAAGGGCUUUGACGAGCGACAUGCCUACAUUGGCGGCAUGUUCGGGGCAGGAAUCUAUUUCGCAGAGAACUCGUCCAAAAGCAACCAGUAUGUGUACGGGAUCGGUGGAGGCACGGGGUGUCCUACUCACAAAGACCGCUCCUGCUACGUGUGUCACAGGCAGAUGCUGUUCUGCCGUGUGACGCUGGGUAAGUCCUUUCUUCAGUUCAGCGCUAUGAAAAUGGCCCACGCCCCGCCUGGGCACCACUCGGUCAUAGGGCGACCCAGCGUCAAUGGGCUGGCAUACGCAGAAUAUGUCAUCUACAGAGGGGAGCAGGCUUAUCCAGAAUACUUGAUCACCUAUCAGAUUAUGAAGCCAGAGAGUCUGGCUGUGCCUGCUGCCACUGCAGAGCAGAAAUCCUAAGAGACCACCGGAGCUGGAUGUGAUGAAGACCAGAACAACUUACUGAACAG